AUGGUUCAUUUUAUUUACAGUUACUACAUGUGUGAUCACAGCAUUGGUGGUCAUUGUUGUCAUUCGCAUAAAGCCGAUAAUUCCCCAUCGUUUAGCUUGUACUGGUUUAUUGAUACGAAUAAUGUAGAAUGUUUGAAUGAAUCUGUUUCUGGAAGUGGUAAACUUGUUUUCAAGCCUUAUGAGGAUCGUAAAGAUUCAACUGUUUAUGUUGAAAGUGAUGUUGAUCAGGAAUUGUUAUUUAAUAUACCGUUUACUGGAAAUAUAAAACUAAUGAGUAUUAUUAUUUCUGGUGCUGAUACCGAACAACAUCCAAGUCAAGUGUCGUUGUACAAAAAUAAACCUUUCAUGACAUUUGAAGAUUUAAGUGCUGAAUGUGAACAAUCACUCGAAUUAACUGUUGAUCCAAAUGGUGAAGUGAUAUAUCCAUUGAAAAUUUCACGAUUUUCUAAUGUGCAAACACUGAGUUUACAUUUCAGUGCUAAUUACGGGGGUGAUACAACACGGAUUCACUACAUUGGCUUGCGGGGAGAUUAUACACCAGCACCGAGACGAGAAGCUGUUAUUACAAAUUACGAAGUAACUCCAAAUGUUUCCGAUUUAAAAGACAAUAUAUUACAAACCCAGAGUCGUUUUGUUGAAUAA